UAGGCCCGAUUGUAGAUGUGGACGCUCCACCUCGUCGUCUCUUGUGUCGGGUUACCUGGUGACGAGCUACGACCUCUCGGUGAAACGCUACACCUGUUCAGGUGAUGGGUUUUGUUCGUUCCGACCUCCUCCGGUGAACUCCGCAGACAUGCCUGUUAAUAAGGACAGUGGUGCAGCCGGUCUGAUCACGUUCCAUACGCCUGCUCCCGACGGUCUCCUCACGUCUACGGUACCCAGCGGAGUAUGGAGAAGUGUCAGGAUGACCGGCCGAAGAGGAGGAAGAGGAGGAGAGAAGUGGAGGACUGAGGUGUGGCUUCCUGGACCUCCCAGAGGGCCGUGGGUGGACUGGCUCUCUCACACCUCCUUCAGGAGACUGCAGGUCAAGUUAGAAUCUGAGAACCAAGAAGCUAGAGCCAUCACCCAGCCCUUGCUGGACGCAGAGAAUGGCUUUGUCAAGGACCUGGAGCGUUUUCUGUGCCAGCAGGAAAAGGCGGAGCUUCGUAAGAGAGAGCUGCUCCAUAAGCGUUGGACGGAGCGUGUGUGGACCCCUAUUCAGAGGAGCGUGGAGAACCAAAUGUCCUGCUGCUGCUAUGACGAGGCUGAGAGGAUCCGCAGCAUGUUCCUGCACUACAUACACUACUGUAACUCAAAGGUUACCACACCUGCGUCGAGGGACCCACCGUUCCUUCAAUCACGUGAGGGGAUAAAGGAAAAGAGGGCGGUCCUACGCUGUCAGACAGGGCCGCCCAGAUCAUAGCCACGGUCACGCCUGACGGGAGAUGUCUACAGACAGCUUGCUGGUCCUACAGAGGAUAAACGACCAUUAAACAGGGCUUGUGAGCACAGUGUUCUGUAGUGUAAAUAUGAACAGCAGCCGUAGAUACACUAUGGCAGGUAUUCAAUCAGCUCUUUGUCGACAAGGAUAAUUCAAGCUUUGAGCAGAUAUUGUUUACUGAAAACCAUGUAUUUGAUACCAUUCCUCCCCAAUUAAAGGUGACACCAAUCUCC